CCUUCACGCAACGAACCCAACUUGCUCUCUCUCAUCUCACAGCUUCCAACUUUCAACGUUCUUCUCGAUGCCAUUCUGUUUCUGGCGAUCACCUUUCCUCUAAUACUAUAGUGUUUCUCUAUAACUCAGAAAAAAAUAAUAUUGACGUACUACUUCCUGACACUACCAUUACUGUCCAAGAAAAAUUAAAUAAUCUUUUAGUUUUUGCCAUAUAAGAUUAAAGAAGAUGGCAUAUCUCGUUGCAAACGCUCUAUUUUAGCCGUACCUGUUCCACGUUACAUUCUAUUAGUUAUCUCCUCUCACACCCUGUCAUACUGAAUAACAUGUGGGCUCUUCUAUCCAAAUUCAAGCAAGACCCCAUCUUCUUUCGUCUUUACCUAUAUUUUUUUCUGGUUGUGUCUCUGUAAAUGCAGCUUGGUUUAACCUUAUCGUUUGAUGGGGAAGAAGGGAGGUAGCUCAUGGUUGACUGCUGUGAAAAGGGCUUUUAGAUCUCCUACUAAAGAGACUGACAAGAGGAGUAGCAGGAGAAGAGAGGACCAUGACCAAGAAGAAGAUGAAGAGAAGAAGAGAGAGAAAAGAAGAUGGUUAUUUAGGAAACCCACGAAUCAAGAAACGGGGACACAACAGACGCUUUCGAAGUCAACUACUGAUAAUGCUGCCGGUGGGGGUGGUAGCGCGGCACCGACGGACCAUGUGUAUGCUGCGGCAGCUGAGCAGAAGCACGCCAUUGCAGUUGCGGUGGCCACAGCAGCUGCGGUAGCCACAGCCCAAGCGGCGGUGGAAGUAGCUCGGCUUACUAGGCCUUCUUAUCAGGCCAGAGAACACUAUGCUGCCAUUGUUAUCCAAACCGCUUUUAGAGGGUAUCUGGCAAGGAGGGCACUUCGUGCGCUUAAAGGUCUAGUGAAGUUGCAGGCUUUAGUAAGGGGACACAAUGUGAGAAAACAAGCCAAGAUGACCCUGAGAUGCAUGCAAGCUCUGGUUCGAGUGCAAGCUCGGGUGCUGGAUCAACGCAUGAGGCUUUCGCAUGAAGGCAGCAGGAAGUCAACAUUUAGCGACACCAAUAGCGUAAUUGAAUCGCGAUAUCUUCAAGACAUUUCAGAUAGGAAAUCAAUGUCAAGAGAGGGAAGUAGCAUUGCAGAUGAUUGGGAUGAACGGCCGCACACAAUUGAGGAGGUUAAGGCCAUGUUACAACACAGGAAAGAGGCUGCAAUCAAGCGUGAAAAGACCUUGUCUCAUGCUUUCUCUCAGCAGAUAUGGAGAACUGGUAGGAGCCCGUCAAUAGGGAAUGAAGAUGAGCUCCAAGAUAGACCAAAAUGGCUUGACCGCUGGAUGGCUACAAAGCCAUUGGAUAGCGGCAGAGCCAGAGCUUCAACUGACCAAAGAGACCCCAUCAAAACUGUAGAAAUUGACACCUCCCAACCCUACUCAUACUUGGCUCCCAAUUUUAGAAGAACCAAUCAAAUCCAAUAUCACCAACCCCAACACCAGAGAACCAAUUCACAAUCUAUCGCUUCUCCACUCCAUAGAGCUCAUCAAACUGCACCUCUCCACCACUGUCCCAUUACACCCUCCCCAUCAAAAACCAGACCUGUUCAGGUCCGGUCAGCAAGCCCGCGUUGUGGAAGAGAAGAUAGAAGCUACAAUCCCCCUCAAACACCAAGCCUGAGGUCCAAUUGCUACUACACUGGCAAUUUGCAUCAACAUGGAAGGGGUGGUGCUAGCGGUAGUAAUGCUGGUAAUGCUACCUUGCCUAAUUACAUGGCUGCAACCGAGUCUGCAAAAGCUAGAGUGAGAUCCCAAAGUGCACCAAGGCAAAGGCCAUCAACUCCAGAGAGAGACCGACUUGGGUCUGCAAAGAAACGGCUUUCUUUUCCUGCCCCAGAUCCUUUUAGUGUGGGGAUAGGCUAUGGUGGUGGUGGUUUUGGGCAUGGCUUGAGGAGUCCAAGUUUUAAGAGUGUUAGUGGAGUACAAUUUGGCGGGUUAGAACAACAAUCUAACUAUUCCUCUUACUGUACGGACAGCCUUGGAGGUGAGGUUUCACCUUCUUCAACCAGCGACCUCAGGAGGUGGUUGAGGUGAUUUAAUGGCUCCAUAGUGGUGGAUAACAUAAUGUGAAUCGUGAACUUUUGGGUUUUCUACUUUAUAUUGAAACAGUGACCCCACUGCUGGUGGUUGGAUUGUAAUGUCCUAACAAAGAGACGAGUGGAAUUUCUGGAUAAGUUCGUUCGUAGUUUGAACAUGGUAUUCAAAUUGAGAGUUUUUUUUUUCAAAUAUUUGUUUGAAGUUGUAACCAUAGGUGUGUGCACUGGUUUUCAUGCAAUCUUUCUUUGUUCUUAACAAUUUAAUUACCCAUUUGACUGCA